ACCUUUCCUUGCAGGAGAUGAAGUUAUGUCUGCUUACACUCAGCAGAAGUACGAGGUGUUGGAUGUUGGGAUUAUGCACCCUGGAGAAGUCUCCACUGGUGCACUAUUUGCUGGCCAAGUUGGCUUUGUAGCCUGUGGAAUAAGGAACAGUAAAGAUGCUCAGAUCGGGGACACUUUCUUCCAUCCUCAUGCUCCUGUGGAACCCCUGAAGGGAUUCAAACCCAUGAGUCCUAUGGUGAGGACAAUAUUUAAAUCAAUUGGCAACUGUCAAAGUCAUUUUGUUAAAUGUGUAUGUGCACAAAAACAGUAACAGAAAU